GGGAGGAGGCCAGGAGGGGACAUACAGCCAGAGAGAGAGAGAGAGAGAGAGAGAGAGAGAGAGAGAGAGGUGACCAAAGGUCGAUAUCUUUUUUCCCCCUUCACCCUGCUUUCUUGGAUACUCUGAGAAGAAUGUAUGAUGUCCUCCAUGGUGAAGGCAAGAACGUGUGACUGCAGAGCAGCCUCAGGCAUGGCUUUGGGCGCUGCCGGAGUGGCGGCGCUGCUCAUGGCCACCGUCUUCACUGGCGUCACCGGCGACACCAACUCCGAUGAUGUGACUGCCCUCAACACGUUCUACACAGCAUUGAACUCGCCGUCACAGCUGACAAAUUGGGUGCCCCAGAACGGCGACCCUUGUGGCCAGUCCUGGCUUGGGGUUACUUGCUCUGGUUCAAGAGUGAUAACAAUAAAAGUACCUGACAUGGGGCUAAAUGGGACCCUGGGAUACAACAUGAAUCUCCUCACUGAACUGUCUGAGCUUGAUGUGAGCAACAAUAAUCUCGGUGGAAGUGACAUCCCAUAUAAUCUCCCACCAAAUCUGGAGAGACUAAAUCUUGAUAAAAACAACUUCAUUGGGACCUUACCUUACUCCAUUUCCCAAAUGUCCGCACUUCAGUAUUUAAAUCUUGGUCAUAAUCAGCUGUCAGACAUCAAUGUUGUGUUCGACCAGCUCACCAACUUAACAACAUUGGACUUCUCAUAUAAUUCGUUUUCUGGUACUCUUCCUGAAAGCUUCAGCAACAUGACAAGUUUAAGCACCCUUUAUUUGCAGAACAACCAAUUUACCGGCACGAUAGACGUCCUCACUGAUCUUCCUUUGACUGACCUAAAUGUUGCAAAUAACCAAUUCAGUGGGUCGAUCCCUGAAAAACUAAAGAGCAUAAACAAUCUCCAGACACAUGGCAACUCCUUUAGCAACAGUCCUGCACCAGCUGCAAUGGAACCUCCAUCGGACACGCCACCUUUGCGACCAUCGCCUUCUGGAACUCCAAGUCGUAGUAAAAAUAACAGCAGUCCAUCACAAGGAAGCGAUACCGAUAAUGGUGGCAGUGAUGGCAAAAGCUCCAAAGUAGGCGGUGCUGUGGUUGCAGGAAUUGUGAUAUCACUUGUGGUUGUAGGUGCAUUGGUUGCCUUCUUUCUGAUCAAGAGGAAAGCUAUGAGGCGUCAACAAGAAGGUGAUGUUGAAAAGAACGAGCAUCUCAGCCCUGUUGCUUCUGGGAAAAUUAAACAACUUAGGCCCAUCCGCUCUAUCUCACUCUCACCAACUGGAAAAGAACUGAAGAAUAAUGUCUCAAUGAACUUGAAACCGCCAUCAAAAAUCGAGCUGCACAAGUCCUUUGACGAAAAUGAUCCAACCAACAAACCUGCCACGAAGAAAGUAAACCUCUCUUCGAUAAGGGCAACUGCAUACACAGUGGCAGACUUGCAGGUGGCAACGGAGAGCUUCAGUGCUGACAAUCUGGUUGGUGAAGGCUCUUUUGGACGUGUUUACAGAGCACAGUUGUCUGAUCAGAAGGUUCUGGCUGUGAAGAAAAUCAAUUUCUCUGCCAUCCCAGACCACCCAUCUGAUUUCUUCAUCAAGCUUGUUGCAAGCGUUGCAAACCUAAAUCAUCCAAACCUCUCAGAGCUAAAUGGCUACUGCUCAGAGCAUGGACAGUGCUUGCUGGCAUAUGAAUUUUACAAGAAUGGAUGUCUUCAUGACCUCCUCCACCUGUCAGAUGGAAACAGCAGAUCGUUGUCGUGGAAUAACCGUGUCAAGAUUGCGCUAGGAUCAGCGAGGGCAUUAGAGUAUCUACAUGAAACUUGUUCGCCGUCUAUCAUCCACAAGAAUUUCAAAUCAUCUAACAUACUGUUGGACGAUGAGCUUAACCCCCAUAUUUCAGAUUGUGGGUUUGCAGACCUAAUUCCCAAUCAGGAACUCCAGGAAUCAGAUGACAGCUCGGGAUACAGAGCUCCUGAGGCGAUCAUGUCUGGUCAGUACUCUCAAAAGAGCGAUGUUUACAGCUUUGGAGUCGUCAUGCUUGAGCUCCUGACUGGCCGGAAAGCAUUUGACAGCUCUCAGCCAAGGUCCCAGCAAUCACUAGUCCGGUGGGCUACUCCGCAGCUGCACGACAUCGACUCGCUAGAUCAGAUGGUUGACCCAGCACUGGAGGGGCUGUACCCUGCGAAAUCGCUCUCCCGGUUUGCAGACGCAAUCGCUCUCUGCGUCCAGCCCGAGCCAGAAUUCAGGCCGCCGAUGUCGGAGGUCGUCCAGUCGCUGGUCCGCCUUGUGCAGCGAUCAAGCAUGGGGGCGGGGCUUAGUAGCGAGAGGAAUUCUUGCCGGUUCGAUGAAUCUGGUGAUCACACGUUCUAGGCGAAAAAUUGCUGUGUAUUUUCUACAGAAUAUGAGAACCAUAGAAAACUGCAGAUGUUGCAGCUAGCUUGGCUUGGCGUUGUUGUGAUUGUGACACUUGCUGGCUGAAAAAACUAGUGCCCGGUGAAAUAUGACUUUUCACCCUUGGGAAAUCACUCGGUUAUUAUUUGUUCCGUAUAUAUAAAAGCAAUAUCAGACCUUUCUCCGUGCUGCUA